AUGGACAACGGCGGCACCAUCAUGCCUGGCUUCGGGUGCGGCAAGCAGGAGGUGGACGGCAUCGCCGAGGAGCUUCAGAAGCGAAAGGUGACCCGCGGCAACAUUGCGCAGGUCCAGAUGCAGGAGAAUCUCAUGAUCGAGAUCAUCAAGCUGAGCGUGCAGAUGGAUCAACUUGCGAAGAAGGAGGGGGUGAAGUACCCUCCCACGCAGCAGACCAUGGAAGAGGUCUUCGGUCAAGGGGUGCAAGCGCCCUUGGGCUGGAACCUCCCCAUCACCGCCCUGCCGCAAGGCGACGGCAGUGGUGCUCUUCAAGUGAUGUUCCCUCCGGGGGUGUCGCCGGGCCAGUCGGUGCUGGUACAAGGUCCCAACGGCAUCUUUUCUGUCCAGGCGCCGAUGGAGGUCACGCCGGGCAUGGUCAUCAUGGUGCAGCCGCCGCCGCCGCCCAUGCCUGGCACGCCAACGGUCUAG